GCAUGACCUCCAUCACAUCUGCAUUUCUUCUUCUUCUCCUCUUUGUGGCAGUUGCCUGCCGAUCAGUUCCAUGCCUGGACGGAUGUACGUGUGAAUUGUCAGAACAUGAUCCAGUGAUCAGAUGUGAUGGCGUUGGUCUCAAUCGUUUCCCAUUGCCCCAUUCAUCACCACUUCGCGGUUUCCAUUUCCUGGCACUCACUUGCAAUGACAUUGACACAAUUCCGGCGAUUAGCAUGAUCAAAGCAUCAUUCCCAGAUCUUCAGGGAAUUGAUGUGCAGGGAAAUACUCGGUUGAAUUGCUCCGAUUUGGUGCAUUUGCACAAGGAUAUUCCAGUUUUGUCGGAUUGUGAUAAUGAGAAGCCGUUGCAGUGUGAUAAUCUUGAUAAGAACUGUGACUGGAAGUGCCGUACACUGACAAAACUCAAAGAAAUGUGGGCUCAAUUCAAGGAUCUUGUCAACCGAAAAGCCAAAGAAUGGCAAGCUGAGGAGACGAUCGAGGCGGCGAAAAGCUGGUUCAGUGCUCAAUUCAAAAAGUUCAAAAUCGCGAUUGGCGAGCUCUCCGACUAAUUUUUAAUUGAAAAAUUGUACAUAUUUUCCUAUAACCCUUCCUUCCCAAAUUUCUCUUUCCCCAUUGGCCAAAACGAUUCGCAUAAUUUGAAAAUUGUUGUAUCUCAUUGUUCUCCCCCAGCCCUUACUUAAGAGAUUACGGUAAAAAACAGUAUUCACAUAAAUUUCUAUGAAUAAAAAACUCAUU